AUGCCUUCCAUGAUAGAAGAUGCCGGCCCUCACACCAAUUUCACCCUAGUGUCAGACAUACUGCCCGACCGAGUCUUAGGCGGCAGUCGUUUGAGCUACUAUGUCGCAAUUGUGACAGUGCUGUUCUGCAUAUGGUUAUGGCAGCCAAACAAACAAAAAUGCGUUGUCUCAGCGCCCCUCUACAAGGCAUCCCGGUUAAAAUGGAUGUUCAAUGCCGACGCACUGGUGAAGGAUAGCUAUCGCAAGUUCCGAGAUGCCGUAUAUCAGAUCAAGUCAACGGAGGGCGUGAGAACCAUCAUACCGGCGUCCAUGGUCGGUGAGCUCAAGGGUCUUCCCGAAGACACCCUGAGCGCGAGGACGGCCGUGAGCGAGGCUAUGCUGAGCGAGUACACGAAACUAUGCGCUGGUCAUCACGCAGACACCUUGUCGCUACUACUUAAAUGUAAGAUGACCAGCCAGCUCGCGCGGAUGACGCCGCAGCUUAAAGAGGAGCUCGAACACAUCAUGGGGACCGAGUUUCCCGAGUGUCAAGAAUGGACCCCGUUCAAGAUCCAACCGUUCAUGGUGCGAACAGUGGCACGGCUAAGCGGGCGCAUCUUCGUCGGGCCGGCGCUGAACCGAGUGGAGGAGUGGAUGGACGUGAGCAUCAACUUCGCCAUCACGGCCUUCAUCGCCGUGACCAAGCUGCAGUUCUUCCCGCCGUGGAUGCGCCCCCUGGCGCAGUACUUCGUGUCGGAGCUCGGGACGAUCGAGCGGGACCUAGAAAAGGCCAAGGCGAUGCUCGCGCCCAUCAUCGAGGAGCGGCUCCGCGACGCCGAGACCCCCGGCUACGCGAAGCCCGACGACUUCGUCCAGUGGCUCCUCGACGCCCUGCCGGACGACCAGAAGCGCGACCACUACAUGCAGGGCAAACUGCAGCUCCUUCUCAGCGCGGCCUCGAUCCACACGACGAGCAACCUGACGACGGACUGCAUCUACGACCUGGCCGUGCACCAGGACAUGCAGGAGAUCCUGCGGGAGGAGGCGCGCGAGGUGCUGUGCGACGAGGAGGCCUGGAGCAGGAAGGACAGCAUGGGCAGGCUGAGGAAGCUGGAUAGCUUUAUCAAGGAGUCGCAACGCCUGUCCGGCAAUGUCACCUCCUUCAUCCGCAAGGUAAUGAAACCCAUCGACCUAUCCGACGGCACGCACCUGCCCGCCGGCACCAGCCUCCUCGCGCCCAUGGCCGGGAUCUCCGUCGACGAGCGGUACUACGCCGACCCGGAGGUCUUCGACGGGCUGCGGUUCCACAAGCUGCGAUCGGACGGAGGCGCGAGCGGCGCGAGCCCCGGCCGCUGGCAGUUCACCAGCAUAAGCGACACGAGCAUGAACUUCGGCCUCGGCAAGCACGCCUGCCCCGGCCGCUUCUUCGCCGGCUGCGAGAUCAAGAUGGUGCUCGCCCACCUGCUGCUGAACUACGACAUCCGGCUGCCGCCGCCGCCUUCUUCGCCCUCGCCCUCGCCUUCUUCUGCGGCUGCGGCUGCGAGACCGCCGCCGAAUAUGUUCAUGAUGACGAAGGGGCCGAGCAUGACGGCUGAGAUCAUGUUUAGAAGAAGAAGCAGCAGCAGCACGUGA